AUGAAAGACAAUUCUCAACAUAAUGGAUUUUUACUAUCAUUAUUUCAUAAUGCAGCUGCACAAAAUCAGGUAUUGAUAACAAUUAAUCGAUUUUGUGCGGUGUUUUGGCCUCUGAUCUACAAGAAAUUGUGCAGUAACAAAUACACUAUCAUCGUGAUCCUUAUAUCAUUUAUCAUUGUGCUUGCUCAGAUGAUAACAUUCUUCCAAAUCUUACCCUGCCGCAUAUACUACAACGAACAGAUACUCGGCUAUUCCUACACGGAGCUCCCACUUUGUGAGUAUUACUCGUAUCUGGAUAUAGGAAAACAAAUGGGAAUAUGUGUAUUUAAUUUGGUAGUUGACACAAUUACUAUCUGGAAAGUGAGAAGGAUAAGGAGUGCGCAAGGUGUGACAAAGAUUCAAAAGAAGGAGAUUGACUUUUUGAAACAGGUCAUAAUCUUCGGCGUCACCUGUAAUGGCCUAGUUAUCCUUGCCAUCCUUACCAACCGAACCCUCAAUCACUCAUUUGUAAUUCUCACUGGAAACCAGGCGGUAUUCAAUGGGAUCUUUGGGAUGGUCUAUGUAGUUUAUAUAAUCCCGAUGAUGGUGUUUGACUCCAAAAUCAUGAUGGAUAAUUCCCACCAUGCUGGUUUUCUGGUGCUAAUGUGUUAUGACGUAGCGGUUCAAGCACAUUUCUUGGCAACUGUUAACCGAUUUUGUGCGGUAUUUAUGCCAGUGGUUUAUUGGAAUUUGUUUAGCAGACUGACCAAACUAGUAGUCUUCACAUCCUUCCUUAUCUCCUUUACCAUUCUCACUAUAUUCUUUCAGUUUUUACCCUGUCGCUGCUACUACAAUGAGGAAAUCUUCAGCUUCACCUACAAUGAUUAUCCAAUAUGUUGGGAUUAUGUGACCGUAGAUGUAGUGAAAAUUUGUGGGGUGUGUAUUUUUAAUGUGAUAGUUGACACAAUUACUAUUUGGAAAGUGAGAAGGAUAAAGAGUGCGCAAGGGACCACAAAGAUUCAGAAGAAGGAGAUUGACUUUUUGAAACAGUCCUUCGGCCAAGCCCUAUUCCUCGUAAUUAGCAUCCCUGCUUUCUACAUCGUCCCAUUGUUCACCACUACUCCUUUAGCCAAUUUCAUCAUGAGGACCUUAUUUUGGGUAUCCAUUCAUGCUGUCGAUGGAGCAAUAACCCUGUAUUUCAAUGUGGAAAUUAGGAAGUCGCUAGCUAAACAGUUCAAGUUUAAUAAGGGAGUAUCGGGACCAAUUCAGUGCUGA